UUUACUUGCUGCACCCCUUUCUCUCUCACUUAUAUUUUUCUUCAUGUUACUCGUGAAGCCUCCAGUCAUCUUGAGCGGAGUCAAUGUUUCUUGAAGAGGUAAAGCUCAGUUACAGACAGACAGCCGUUUCGCAGCAACCAUGAGCACAACAAAGACCAGCGGACUCAAAGCGCCCAGCAAGAUUGGCAGACCAACCAGUGCUGUGGCCACAAAGAUGCCUCUCACUACAGCUCCUCCUAAAACAACUCAAAGUGACAAGACCUCUGCUGAAGCCCAAGAUGCAGAAGAGCAGUUCAACAUUGGGGAUCGAGUCUGGGUGAAUGGCAACAAGCCAGGUGUCAUUCAGUUUCUAGGAGAGACCCAGUUUGCUCCGGGUCAGUGGGCAGGCGUGGUGCUGGAUGAGCCAAUCGGAAAAAAUGAUGGCUCUGUCUCGGGAGUGCGCUAUUUUCAGUGUGAUGCAUUGAAGGGUAUAUUCACACGCCCCUCCAAACUUUCACACACAGAAGGUGAGGCAAAUGGGACAACAACAGCUCCCCCAUCCCGUGCUGCUUCACCCACCCCGUCCACUGCAUCAGUAUCUGCUUCUGCCAAGAAACCAGCCUCACCCACUAAAACAGCCACACCGGCCUCAGACCUUGUGCGGUCCAAGAGUGAAUCUGUGUCCAAUCUGUCAGAAACUGGUUCUGUGAAGAAAGCGGAACGAGAGCUGAAGAUUAAUGAUCGAGUGCUGGUCGCUGGCUCGAAAGCUGGUGUAGUGCGCUUCUUGGGUGAAACAGAUUUUGCCAAGGGUGAGUGGUGUGGUGUAGAGUUGGAUGAGCCCUUGGGAAAAAAUGAUGGUGCUGUGGCUGGAACCAGGUAUUUCCAGUGUCAGCCCAAGUAUGGUCUUUUUGCACCCGUGCACAAGGUGACUCGUAUAGGUUUUCCCUCCACUACUCCAGCCAAGGCCAAGACUUCCGUGCGAAAGACUGUGACCACACCAGCAGGAUUGAAACGCAGCCCUAGUGCCUCUUCCAUCAGCUCCAUGAGCUCUGUGGCUUCGUCUGCCAGCUGCAAGCCAAGUCGCACGGGACUGCUGACAGAGACGUCGUCGAGGUACUCACGCAAGAUCUCCGGCACUACUGCACUUCAGGAGGCCCUGAAGGAGAAGCAGCAACAUAUAGAACAGCUCCUCGCUGAGCGUGACCUGGAGCGAGCUGAGGUUACCAAGGCAACCAGCCAUGUGGGCGAAGUGGAGCAGGAGCUUACGUUGCUAAGAGAAGGCCAGGAGCAGUAUGUAGUGGAGAUGGAGGCCAAAAUGGACCAGUUGCGAGCACUGGUGGAGGCCGCAGACAAAGACAAGGUGGAGCUGCUGAAUCAGCUGGAAGAGGAGAAGAGGAAGGUGGAGGACCUGCAGUUUCGGGUGGAGGAAGCUUGUAUUACCAAAGGAGAUUUGGAGACGCAGACACGACUGGAGCAUGCCAUACUUAAGGAACUCGAACAGAGUCUGCUCUUUGAAAAGGCCAAAGCUGACAAACUUCAGAGGGAGUUAGAAGACUCUAGGGUGGCUACGGUCUCUGAGAAGUCCCGUAUCUUGGAGUUGGAGAGAGAUCUUGCAUUAAGGGACAAGGAGGUAGCUGCCUUCCGCAAGCCACUGGAAGUUGUACCUGGGCAAGAUGGGGAAACUGAUGAGCCCGCCGUGGCAACACUCCAGGAGGAACUCUGCUCCCUCCGUACACAGCUGGCUGCUCAGAGUGCCAGUCACCAAGCAGAGUUGUCUGCCUUGCGUGAGACGCUUGAGUGUAGAGAAAAAGCACACGGUGAUGCCCUGGCACAGCUCCAGGCGUCUUCAGGUCAUUUGUCGAAGGAUAAUGAACAGCUUUGUCUUCGCCUGGCAAAAACAGAGGAAGAGAACUCAAAUGUAGUUGAGCACUGGCGUGUAAAACUAGCAUCAGUCGAGGCCUCACACCAGCAAGUCUUGGAGGAACUCAAAGAUGUUUCUGGGGCUGGUCAAACGGAGUCGGUGGAACUGCGUAUGGCUCUAGAACGGUUAAAGGUGACACACAAACUGGAACUAGAGGAGAUCGGCAACAAGUAUGCUGCUGAAGUCACCGGGUGGAUGCAUAAAACCAAAGAGCUUCAGACGCAGCUUCUGCGAGUCACUGAAGAGAAGGAGCAGCUGGUGGAGUCACUACGCACCAACCUGGAAAACGUAGAGGAGCAGCACCUGGUGGAGAUGGAGGAGGCCUUGGGCAAACUCCACACUGCUGAGCUCAGGGUAAAAGAGCUAGAGGAAGAGGGGGUUAAGUUGGGACAGCAGUUACAGGACAAGUCUUUGGAAGCUCAGAAGCAAAAUGCAGCCUUGGAAACACUACAGUCACAGCAGAGUCAAGGUAACCAGGAGAUGCAGAGGCUAUUAGCCCAACUAGAGGAGGCAAAGGGCAAAGCCAGAUCUCAGGAAGAGAAGGUUGCUGGGUUGAACUCAGUAAUAGAGGUCAAACAGCAAGAGUUGAAUGGGCUGUUGCUGGACAAGAGCUCUUUGGAGCAAGAAGUUAGUGUAUUGAAACAAAAUCUCGAAACAACAUCUAAUGACCAAGCCAAAUCUGCUCAGACUAAUCAAGAGUUAUGCGAGGAGCUCAGGAAGAAAGAGGAACAUUGUACAUCACUGUCUGCUGAAUUGCAAGAUAUCAAGAGCAAACUAGCUGGAUUGCAGAGAAAUUUUAAAGCAAUUGAAGAAAAAUGUGACCUGCUGACCAAAGACAAGGCUAAUCUUGAGAAUGACAUCAUGGACAUGAUGAAGUCAUCCGGAGACAGUUCUUCUCAGCUUGCAAAGAUGAAGGAAGUAAUAAACCAGAAAGACAGGAGAUUAGAGGAGCUUGAGAACCAACUUGCCGAGCAGAGUGAGAGGAAAGCUCAAGCAGAGGAGAGACACUCUCAAGAACAAGUCCAGGCAGAGAAGGAAGCAAAAGACAUUUCUGAGAGACACAAAGCAGAGCUUGCCAACCUACAGGAAAAGAUCAAACUCCUGGAGAAGAGCAUUGAGGAGAAUGAAGCUAAAACCAAAGACAUGCAUGUUCUGGGAGAGAACGCUCUUGCAGAUGCUGUAGAACAUCAUUCAAAAGAACUGCAGGGAUUGCACACUCGGUUUGAAAAAGCGCAACAAGAACUGAGUGCGUCUCGGGAAGAAAGCCUGGAGCUGAAGAAACGGAUUGAGGAGUUGAUACUUUUCCAAGAAAAGGCAAAGGGCUCAGAAAGUGUGCUACAGACUACGCAGGCCUCACUGGAGCGGUUAAGCCAGGACAACAGUCAACUAGAGAAAGACAAAUCUGAGGCUCAGGCUCUGGUGAUGCAGCUCAAGAACACCAUGCAAGAAGUACAGAGCAAGCUGGAUGUUGUCAUGCAGCAGAACUUGCAGUAUGAAGAUAAUAUGGGUUCUGACAGUCAGAAGAUCAGCAGUCUCUCUAAAGAGAUUGAGGAGUUGAAACUAGCAGUGACUGAUACAACUCAGGCAAUGGACUCACUGAAACAACAGAAUGAAAAGCUAACCAUAGAACUCGCCAGCAGCCAUGAAGACAGUGACAUUCUGCUAAAUCUCAAAAAGGAGUGUGACAACCUUCAUGAUCAAUUGAAGGAGAUGAAAAAGAGGGAGAGCACUUUAACAAGUGAAUCAGAGAAGGAGAAAGCAGCACUUCAGCAAUCUCUCCAAACACAGAGUGCCUUGAUCUCAGGAAAGGACAAAGAAUUAGACUCUCUGAGAAAUGAGCUCGAAAAGGAGUGUGAAAAAUUCAACGAUCAAUUGAAGGAGAUGAAAAUGAGGGAGGGCACUUUAACAAGUGAAUCGGAGAAGGAGAAAGCAGCACUUCAGCAAUCGCUCCAAACACAGAGUGCCUUGAUUUCAGGAAAGGACAAAGAAUUAGACUCUCUGAGAAAUGAGCUGGAUGCUGUAACGCAGCAGAAAUCACGAUAUCAACAGGAUCUGAGUUCUUACAGUCAGAAGAUCAGCAGUUUCGCUAAAGAAAUUGAGGAGUUGAAACAAGCAGUCGCUGAUAAAACUGAGGCAAUGGACUCACUGAAACAACAGAAUGAAAAGCUAACCAUAGAACUCGCCAGCAGCCACGAAGACAGUGACGUUUUACUCAAUCUUAAACAGGAGUGUGACAAGCUCAACAGUCAGUUGAAGAAGAUUAAAAUGAGGGAGAGCACUUCAAGUAAAACAGAAAAGGAGAAAACAGCACUUCAGCAAUCUCUCCAAACACAGAGUGCCUUGAUCUCACAAAAGGACAAAGAAUUAGACUCUCUAAGAAAUGAGAUGGCACACAUUCUGCAGUCCAAUGUAAAAUCUCAUGAGUGUGAGAAAGCUCAGCUGCAGGACCGAGUGAAGCAUCUAGAGAAGAGUCUAGCAGAUGCACAAAUCAGCAGCCAAGGAGACACAUCCUCAGAUAAUUCUGCCCUGAAUCAGUGGCGGGAAGCAAAGGAGAACGCUGGGCAUCAGGUUGAAUUCCUGAAUACGGUUAUUGUGGAUCUGCAGCGGAAGAAUAACGAGUUGAAGUCUAAACUAGAGAAGAUGGCAGAGGCAGCACUCAAUGGAAACACUGCUGGUGAAAUGGACAGCCAAAACAGUCAUGCUGAGGCAGCAAUUAAGAAGAAGCCCCCUCCCCGUCUCUUCUGCGACAUAUGUGACUGCUUUGACCUACAUGACACCGAAGACUGUCCCACCCAAGACCAGAUGCUAGAAUCUCCCCCGCACUCCACCUACCAUGGCAGUCCCAAUGAUGAAAGACCUUACUGUGACAUCUGCGAGGUCUUUGGUCAUUGGACGGAUUCCUGCAAUGACGAUCAGACUUUCUAGGGUCCUACUUUUCCCCCUUUGUGCAACAUUUAAACUUGCAAUACUGUAAAUGCCUUGAAUCAAACAGUGCACAAGAGACAAUGUAGAAGUGUGUGUGGUUUGUUUUCACUUGUGUGUUUGUUUACCAUCAUACUCCAUAAAAGCCUAAAUCUUCAGUCACUUUAAAUCAAGCAUCUAGAGUCAUCUAGGUCAUCAAUGUCAUUUGUUGCACAGAAUGACUGUUUGGAGGAAAAAUGUUUUAAAUGUCAUGGGGUUCCUAUGAAAGUACAUUGUACUGAACGAUCAUUCUUCAUAUGGAGGUAUAGAUGGAUAACCAUGAGAUGUGGAGAUGUGUAGAAGUCUUUGGACUUUAGUUCAAAGCUUGCCUUCUCAAUGUCUCAACAGCAUUUCUCUUAACCGUUUGGAUACUGGAAAAUAAAUAUUACCAUAAAAAGAGUAUAUUGUUUUAGAAUUGUGAAUGUAUCAUUUAUUCUGAGCAAAAAAAUGAGUUAACAGAUAUGUUUCAAUUAUUGAAUGACUGUUAGAGCAAUUUUUAUUUUCACAUGGAAACAUUUUCUGAAACUUGGAGGGUUAAAGUUUUGCACAAAAAAAUUUGAAAACAAUUUACAUCACAUUACUGCUUUUGUUACUUUAUUAAAAGUUGUGGUGUUUGGGUAUGUGCUGUAUAAACUUCCAAUCUCUUUUGUUCUGUGAUCAACUGUUUUUUCCAGGUUACGUUUGCAAUACAUAUAUUUGUAUAGAAGUCAAGGGAGGGAAAACCUUAUGGAGAAAACCAUCUUUUAAUAAGUGGAAAAAAAUAUUCUGUGUCGUGUUAUUUGUUAAUGCUUGUGUGCUGCUCAAAAAAGAAGUGUCUGGCACUGAAGAAUAUUUUGAACUCCUUAGAAACAUCUGUGGGAAAUGUAGGGCUGUUUGGACCUUCUGUAAGCCAGACACUGCUGUAUGUUUUUGAAAAUUAAACUGCUUGAAGAAAAAAAGCAGUGAGUCAAUAAAUAUUAACAUGCUGUUUUCAAAUAAAAUUGUCUACGAGAAGAUUCAUCUACCAGACACCCUGUCCUUGGCUGUCUUGUUUCAUGUUCAU